ACUCAUUCAUCUCUUUCUUCAUCUCCCACGCUCUCAUUCCACUCACUCCACCCCAUCUCACAUUGCAAAGAAGAUCAUGUUGGCCCAGUCGGACGCAAGCCUGAACGCGAAGAAGGAGGAGAGCAGCUUCAGGCAAGCACUGCACCAUGUCGGGGAGAAGCUGCACCUCCGUUCACCUGCUCCUGUCGAGGAUGUACCCCCUCCAGUUCCUCCAAAGGAUGAGAAAUGGCUCGUCAAUACCGUCAACAAGGCAGUCCCCGCAGACCAAGAGCCCGACCGUAGCUUCUGGGAUAAGGUCUCCCACAAAUACCACCGCUCUAAAACUGCCGCCGUCGCGGAAGAAGACGAGGCCGAAGCCGUCUCAAUCAGCGUCCCCGCCGAUGCUGCGCUCAAACACUUGGGCAUCCAAGGCGACGACUCUGAGCUCCAAGCGAAGAAGAACUACUUUUUGCGAAUGGCCGAACGCGUGAAAGUGAAGUUUGACGAGGACGACUCGGACUCGGACUCGGAUUCGGAUUCGGAUGGUGCCGACCACAAGCCAAAGACAGAGCAAGAGAAACUCGAACGCAAGGAGCGCAAGAAACUGGCGCCCAAGGUCGAUCCCAAAGAGAUGAGGGAGGCCCAUCUUGCCAUUUACGGUCAGCCCACCGGGGUGGAUCCAACUGCGGACCUGGAGGCGGAUAAGAAGCUGUUUGGAUCCUGGUGGGGAUGCCAUCCUCGUCGCUCCAGGGCGGAGAGGAAGCUGGCGAAGCAACAAGAGGCUGAGAAAGAGCGGCAGCGCGUUCUAGAGGAGCUGGCUGCCCAGCGCAGGGCCGAGGAAGAAGCUGCGGCGGCCGCUGCUAAGGCCGAACGGGAGGCGGCCGAGGCGGCUAAGAGAAAGUGGUGGCAGCUUAAGGCCCCUGAGACCCCGGAACAAAAGACGCAGAAGGCCAAGGAGAAACAGAGAGAGGAGGAGAAAAAGGAGCGCAAGUCGACUUCACGUAAACAUCAGGCCAUUGCUGCCGCAGGUACGUUCAAGGCCAGUUCGUAAGGAAAUCUUUUGCCGCGUUUAUAAGGUGCUAACAGAAUUGCUGUACUUUCUUACGUCCAUUAGCUGCAUAUGAGGCCAUGAAGA